AUGUUUACGAAUGGUAUACCAUUGAAACAAGUUGAUCACGAAAAUGAUUUAAAGUUGAAUACAAAAGUUCGUCAUAAUGAUUCUCUCGUGAAUGAAUUGUUACAAUCAAUCGAUAUGUUUCGUCGAGAUAAUGGAGAUUUUCCUCGACACUUGAACAAACGCGAAGAUUUCACCUCACAACAACGUCAAUUUCAAAAUGAAAUGUUAUAUGCACAUAAUUUCUAUCGUUCUUAUUACUGUGCUCAACCUCUUACACUUGAUGAUGAACUUAAUAGGUCGGCUCAAAGAUUUGCUCAAAAACUUGCUGACACAAAUCAAUUUCAGCAUAGUGGAACUCAAGGUGUCGGUGAAAAUUUGUACUGGGCAAGUGGUAUGCAAAUUAAUGGAUAUAAUGCACCCAUUGCUUGGUAUCAGGAAAUUAAAGACUACGAUUUCAAUAAUGGAGGCUUCUCAAUGUCUACAGGUCAUUUUACACAACUUGUAUGGAGAAAUACAAAAAGACUUGGUGUAGGUGUUGCUUAUACUAAUGGAGGCCAGUCUGUCUACAUUGUUGCUCAAUAUUUACCUCCAGGCAAUUAUCAAGGUCAAUAUCAAGAAAACGUUCGUCAACAAGGCAAUUGCUGA